AUGCUGGUCCUCAGCGACAGCCGCGAGAUCGCAAACCUCACAAGCACCGUGUACAGGACCUUCGAGAUGGAGGACGUGGAGGCCGGCAUCGGCGAGGCCCUCCGCGCGGCUGGCAAGGCGUACAAUGCCGAAAGCCUCGAGCUCGCCGAAAAGAAAAAGAAGAACGAGGUGGUGGACUCCCAGGCCAGAGGCCCUCCUCACGUCCGCGCGUUCGGGGCGAUGAUCGAGUGGGGCUACAAGAACACCGCGGGCGAGAUGAAGAAUGCGCACAAGGACGCCUGGGACAACCUUAUUCUGGGCACACGCCCCAGGAGUUGGCGGACAUCGUGCUGUUUUUUUGUUGGAUGGGCAACAAGAAGGAGGAGGGCAAGAAAGAAAUGGGCAGGAUCAUCAUGGCGCUGGACCUCUCCUACGAGAAAGCUCAGGCUUUGUGGCAGCUGCUCCUCCAGACCUUCAAGCAGGUGGGAGCGGUGCGCCGGGUGGGAGCGGCGCCGCGGGGCUCCUUGGAGAGGGACGCCAGCCGGCUUCUCGAGGAGCUUCUGA